CUCUCAAGGAUGCACAGAACAGAGUAGUGUAAACCAGCCGUCACAGAGCAUGUUGAAUCCGACUGAUUCGAAUAUGAUGGUUGUGAGGGAACAAACACCGUCGGAAGCGCUUGCAGUAGUCCUGAUCCAAGUUUUUGUGCCGGCAUCCCAAACAACCACUGAGACAGAUUUCGAACCAACCCCUAUGCUACGGAUUGAAGGGACUACAGAAACCACUCCUAAACCCCCCAAACAACUUCAAGAAACCACACCCACACUUCCCCCAGCUCCAACUAAAAUUCAUCCAGCCGCAGAAGACGCUGCUACCCUGUUGAUGAUGGCACGGACAGCAACCUAUGUUCCUAAAACAGAUCCAGGGAUGCCAUCAUUCAGCCUUGGAUUGACUGAUUCAAGCCAGGAGGGGGCGUCAACGCAGGAGACAGAAAGGGAAAAAUCUCCAGAAACUGCAAGUAUGCUAGAACAAUUAGACAAUUUGGUCCAAAAAUUAGCAAGCAAUGCGGCGAAGGGAAAAGACGAAAGUCCACAAAUUCAGAGGGAGACUGGGGGAGAAAGUUCUGCAAAGUUUGAAACUCCUGGGGGAAUAAAUCAAAUUCCAGAUGAUAUGAAACAAAAGUGCUACAUCUGGGGGACGAGACUGAAGGAAGACGCAGAUGGAAAUACUAACGAGUAUGAGGAGAUGUGCACUCUGAUUGGCCAAGGAGAAUACAUUUUGAUGAGAAUGCACCUUGCAUCCCUCCAGGCAAAAAGUGAUAUAGAAUCUCAGAUUGUAUCUGUCAUCUGCCUCAUCCUAAACCAGAAAAAUGAAAAGAGGUUUCAAGAACAAAUAUACUGUCUCCCCCCGAUAUUGUGAGCAUGGCACUUUCGGAUCACCCAAAGGGGGAAUUCAUAUCACCGAAAACGAAAAAGGAAUUCAGGGUAGAAGUCUACCCGAGUUUCAUUCCCUUCAUAGAUAGAAAAAAAUUAACUUCACAUCCAUAUAUUUUUGCUCCUGUUUGCCACUCGGGGCAUUGGUGGUUAUGGCUGAUAAAUACAACAAAGCGGAAAUGUCAAAUAUUUGACCCACUACACAAAAAAGCUCCAAGCGAUGAGAGAAAGGACAUUGAUAAAUUCACUGGAUAUGUAUUUUCAAGAUUGAUAACAUAUGCCGGCGGAGAACCUCUGCAGAAAGGGGAGAACGAGAAGAAAAUUAAAGCAUCAUAUGUUAAAAUAUCAGGCCAAAAAACAAGGAUGAGGUGGACCACUAUAGAGUGGAGUAUGCUUCCCGGAUACUAUUCAGUGAGAUGAAUAAACAGAGAGAUCGGGCAAUUAGAGAGAGUAGUGCUAUAAGGCUGUCGAAGCCAUCCUCUGUAUUAUUGAGUCCGUUUUGUUAGAUUAAUUCUGCUGAUAUAGAAACUGGUUAAUCCAACUGCUGGGUAGUAUGUAAAUUGAACAAAUGAUGUAAAUAUUUGCCAUUUAUCAACAACUUCUAUUCCAUGUAUAUUUUUUCCCAUAGUUAAACUAUCUGUGCUGGUAAACUGUC